UACGUGGGGAAUUUUUAGUACAUGAGGUUUAUAAAUCUGAAUCAGGCUAAAUGAAAAAUCCCUCUGUUAUGACUCAUUUCCUCCUGUUAGCGGGAAACUUUCAUCUUACUUCUUUCACAAUGCUGAUUUCAUCAUAAGGAAAAUUCUGAUGCUGUGAAAUUAGGAAGUCAUCUUGUGUUUUAGAAAAUGGUUAAAAGGAUCAUUUGGUCUCUGGGACACAAGAACGGAGAUAACAAUGAAGAACUGGAGGAGUCCACUUUGUGCUCUGCUGAUGGUUCUCAUGGUUUCAUCAGUCUGGGGCAUGAAGGUGCAGAUCUCCUGGUAUGGCAGAGUGAUAGCAGGUCAUCGGACACAGUUCACCUGCUCUUCCUCUUGUUUCCCAAACUGUGUGUAUUCCUGGACCUUCAGAGGACGGACUGUCAAUGGAAGCACAUUAGCCUGGACACCAGACGGACAGGAUGAUACAGUAGAGCUGCAGUGUACGGUUCAGAAUCCACAAACAGGAAUCUCCAGCAGUACUACCACCAUUCUAGAAAUCAACAAUCAAAUGUCUGUACAAGUCAAUCCUUCCAACACCGUUCCAACUCUAAACCAGUCACUGAAUCUGGUUUGUCUCAGUGCCGGCUCCGGUGACCCCAAAGGUCUAGCAGACCUGAUGUGGUUCAAAGAUGGACAGAAAGUGACUCAGAGGGAAAACGUGAAGUUCCUGCAAAACAACAUGACUCUUCACUUUGACUCAGUGCUGCCCUCUGAUGCCGGUUUCUAUCAGUGCCAAACGUAUCUGCCGUCAUUACAGACACAAGUCAUCAGUCUGGGGUUUCUGCUCAGCUUUAAUACGUGGAACGUCAGCAUAAGUGGUCCCGACACUGUGUUUCCUGGUAAACUGAGUGAAUUUACCUGCCUCACCAGCUGCACCCUGAACGUCGAGUGUACUGUAAGGUGGCAGUUCAGACGAGGCUUUCCCAUCGGAACCUUCUUUUCAGUCAAUGGUAAUAGGAUCAAGUGGACUCCCUCCAUUCCUGGAACUUUCCAAAACUUCAACUGUGUAGCAGAAAAUAAAGCUGCAGGACGGUCGGCCGAGGCCACCAAAUUGGUGGAAGUUAAAGGCAUUCCAGUUUCUGGAUCAGAGGCAACAAAACUCCAUGGACUUCUGUUCUUGAUCUUCUUUAUGGGAUUUAAAAGUAUUUUCUAAAUGUAUAGACCUUAGAAUUUUCACAUGUAAUGCCUUUUUUUUUUAUUGUGGAACUUUUAAAAAACAUUUUUUUUUUACUUGUAGAAUAGCUUGUUUCAUAAAAAAAAGUAUUUAUCAUUAUUUAUUUACUUUGUGUGCAUCUCCUCUAGAAUGAUCAGUUUGACAAUUAAAUGUGGGUGUUGAUUCUAAUUUCAAUGUCACACUUUGAAGAAUGUAAAUAUCAGAUAAAUUAUUUUCUAACUUAGUUGUGGGAUAUUGUGUGUUAGUUUAUUUUAUUUGGACCACAUUAAAAUAUCACCAAAUCACAGA